CUAUAACAUUUACAAACGUCGUUUUUCCUGAGUAUUGAAGCCCGACCAAUGUUAGCUCCAUCUCCUCUUUCCAGAAGAGACUCUUUAUCCAGUCUAAUAUCCUCGAGAAAAACGCUAUCAUUGUGCUUAUCUCUACAGACUUUCUCUGGAUAGGAAGUAAAGUCACAGUGUUUUCUUCUGCAUGCGACGCACAGACAGAUGUCAGUCAUGUGAUGAGUGAAAUCGUCAUCGUCAUGUGACUUUGUACGCCGUUCAAAAUGGUGGCACUCUACCGACGUCAACAGCAAGCAGCGCAUUUUGUGAUUAUUUGUGUCCUUUUGUUACAUGGUGGAAGUAUCGUGAGCGCUGACACCCCCGCUAAUUGUACAUACGAAGAUGUAGUUGGGCAGUGGACGUUUUACACCACCGCAAUGGGCUACGAUAACACUUUAAAUUGCUCAGCGAUGCCGCAAAGCAUGUUCAAAGGUAAUUAUGGUUUGAAGUUAUACUUCCCCAGCAAAGCUGUGGACCAACAUGGCAACCAGGGGUUUUGGACACUUAUCUAUAAUCAGGGAUUUGAAGUCGUUAUCCAAGGAAGAAAAUUCUUUGCCUUCUCAAGAUAUGAAGGGAAAGAGCCUAAUACGACAAGUGUAUGUUCAGAGACAAUGAGGGGGAUGUCGCAUAAUGUGGUGGGCCGAAGCUGGGCUUGUUUCUAUGGGAUGAAACAAAAGAAAACAAAUCCAAAGAAACUGAACACUUCAGCACCUAAGUCAAAGUUACUGACAUCUAAGAUGCUAUAUAACUCCAUUAUCCCUCCAGGUUAUUGACAUCUAAGAUGCUAUAUAACUCCAUUAUCCCUUCAGGUUAUUGACAUCUAAGAUGCUAUAUAACUCUAUUAUCCCUUCAGGUUAUUGACAUCUAAGAUGCUAUA